AUGAAAGUAUAUGAGUGGCUAGAGACCGAACACAAAAGUGAAGUUCUUCAAUACCUUCACCUUUCUCCGGACGAUUACACUUUUGACGUUCUUUUUGACCCAACAGAGAAACAUCUUUCUUCCAACUGUUAUUUAAAUGGGUUUCGAAGUUAUUUACUUACUUUUUCGUUCCUAGCAAAACUCUUACAACCGCCGUCGAACUUUUCUUCGACAACAUGUUUGGCAAAAGACUUGUGCAACGUCCUUAACACAGAAAUGUCCGACCUUCAAAUCACUUUGAUAUCUAAGUCGACCUCAUACAAUCAACUGAAGUCAUUCGACUCAUUCUCGGUGACCGAGACCGACUCCAUUCAAGAGCACGUCAUCGCCGCAAACAAUCACGUCUCCCCCAAACACCCAAAUUCGAUUCAUUUAAAUGAACAAUCGACGUCGCGGUCGAAGAGUAAAGGCUCGGGAGAUAUCAUGAAGUACUUUCAAACUACACAGCCCUUCAAAUUGCCAGAUACCUUUUAUAAGACUUUACUGCCGUAUUACAAAGUAUCGCGAAUAUUAUUAGUCAAGGAAAAUUCACAGUACACGCCGUUCAAGUUCGCUCCGACGUCCGGGUGUUAUCUGCGCGUCAUCGAUUCGUCGGGGAAGGACGUAUCCGUGAGUGUCGAGAUUAAUAACCAAAUUAACGUCUUCGAGGAGUACGACGAGAAGAAGAAGUACACUAUAGUCCCUUUCAAAUUAAAGCGGAACAAUUACUUGAUUAGGACGGAAGCAACGGUCGUUAUCUUUUCGACGGUCCAUGAGACGCAAGAAGACCGCGCGGAUCGGCUGUAUAUGUACUUAAAAGAGAAUAAAAGGUUUGUGAGUUCGAGUGGGAUGGAGAGUAGUGAAAUUGAAGAAACGUCGCGAUUGGUGAGUUUGAGGUGUCCGUAUUCGAUAGUUAAAAUGAAACACCCCGUCAGAGGACAAAGGUGUACCCACGAGACAUGUGUCGAUAUCUUAAGUGUCGUGUCGUUCUGGGAAAAGCAUUGGACGUGUUGUCAAUGUAACAAACUGAUGUAUUGGGAGGAUGUGGUGCUGGACGUGAAUUUAGAAAAGAUCAUACAACAAGCCCCCGGAGAUGCGGAGUUUGUCGAAAUCUGUGGGGAGAGUGUAGUUGCGUUUCUCGAUGGGAAUAAGAAAAAAGUCGAUAUGGAGACGAGUGGAAUUAUCGACGUCGAUAGCUUCAAAGUGAUGGAGGAAGAACAUAGAGUGGAGGAGAAUAAUGUGAUCGACGUCGAUAAUUAUGAUUCAUUUGAGUGCGAAGAAAUCCCCGACGUCGAGAUGGUUGAAAUCAGAAGAAUGGUAAAGCAAGAGAAUCAACAAACGAGUAAACAAAGUCUAAGUAAGACAACUUCAGAGGCCACAAUGCAAUUUGACUUAUCGGCAAUUGAAAAUGAAUAA